UUAUUGCAUAGCUACACCAGCUCGGCAAGCACAGCGAGCCGAGGGCGGCCGUGAUGGAGAAAGAGGCUGGCAAGUAGUUGGUCAACAACAACAGAGGCAAGAACAAGCACAAGGUGGCCAGGGAUCGCAGCAAGGAGGUUGGGCACAAGCGGGUCAACAGCAACGUAGACCUGGUGCACAACAAGGCGGACAAGCUGGGCAAGGUGGCUCCCAACAAGCUAAGACGCAAAGCGGUCAAACUCCACAGCAAGCGGGACAGCAGCAGCGUGGACCACAAAGUGGUCAACAGGGAGGCCAACAGGGUGGCGGUUAUCAGCAGCGUGGACCACCGUCUUCCGCUGGCAGUACUGCAGUACGAGUUCCGCAGGACGGACCCAUUAAACGUGGCACAUUGGGCAGACCCGGCACUUGUGCCGUCAACUAUUUGGAUGUUGACUUAAGCAAAAUGCCUGAUAAAGCUUUUCAUUACGACGUGACCAUAGUGCCCGAUCGUCCCAAAAAGUUCUACAGGCAGGCUUUUGACGUGUUUCGCACGCAAUAUCUGAAAAAUGCGAUUGCCGCUUUCGAUGGUCGUAAAUCUUGCUACGCUGUGGAUAAACUAACGACUCCAAUUGACGGCAAAGUAGAGGUGAUAGAUCGUUAUGGCCGUACCGUUCAUUACACCAUUACAAUCAAGGAAACCGAUAACAGCGUUGUAGAUCUUAGCUCACUGCGCAGUUAUAUGAAAGACAAGAUCUAUGACAAGCCCAUGCGUGCCAUGCAGUGUCUGGAGGUGGUUCUGGCUGAGCCCUGCAAUAAGAAUGCCAUACGUGCUGGACGUUCGUUUUUUAUGAAAUCUGGCAAUGGACCACCUGUGGAGCUGCGAGAUGGCUAUGAGGCAUUGGUCGGUCUCUAUCAGAGUUUUGUGCUGGGCGACAAACCCUUUGUGAAUGUCGAUGUCUCUCACAAGUCGUUUCCUAUGUCAAUGCCAGUGAUUGAUUACAUGGUGAACCAUAAUCGUAUCCGUAUGGACGACAUACGGAGCGGCAAUUGUAAUAAUAAGUUGAGGGACGCCUCGUCGUUUUUGAAAGGCAUUAAUAUCGUCUAUGAGCCACCAAAAAGCUUUGCAUCGACACCGCGUGCAUAUAAGGUGAAUGGCUUUUCGCAGCAGCCACCAAAAAUGUUGAAAUUUGAGUCAGACGGCAAGGUUAUAACUGUUGAGGAAUAUUUUGCAUCGCGCGGCUACAAAUUGCAGUAUCCCAAUCUGUAUUGUCUGCAUGUCGGACCACCGGCCAAAAACAUUUAUUUGCCUGCGGAGUUGUGCCGCAUUGAGGAGGGGCAAGCAUUAAACCGCAAAGACGGCGCAAAUCAGGUGUCGGCAAUGAUCAAGUUUGCGGCCACAUCGACCAAUGUGCGCAAAAAAAAAAUUAUGGACCUAUUGAAGCACUUUAAUCAUAAUGCUGAUCCCUCAGUCAGUAGAUUUGGAAUACGUAUUACCAAUGAUUUCAUUACGGUCGCCUCACGUCUGUUGAUGGCACCCCAGUUGGAAUACAAUGGUAAAAAUUUUCAGAGCCCAUCGAACGGUUCAUGGUACAUGAAUAGAUGCCAAUUUCUAAAAAACCCACGGAAGCAGCACAAGUGGUCGAUUAUGGAUUGCGACAAAUCCAGAAUACAAUAUGGCUUACUCGAAGAGUUUGCCUCAUUGGUUUUACAACAAAGUAGAAACGUUAACGUACGUCUCGAGGCGAAACCCGAUAUACGCAAAUUUCGAGAUGAACGACAUUUGGAUGAACAAUUUAAGGACUUAAAGAGCAAAAACUUUGAUUUGGUGUUUGUCAUCAUUCCAAACUAUGGCCCACAGUACGAGGUGAUUAAACAGAAGGCCGAACUGCAAUAUGCUUUAACGCAGUGUAUCAAGCAAAACAGCAUUGAACGUCGCUUGAAUGCCCAAUUGGUGGACAAUGUGCUAUUGAAGGUCAAUUCAAAGCUGAACGGCAUAAAUCACAAGAUCAAGGAUGAUCCCCGCAUAAUGCUGGCGAAUGUUAUGUAUUUGGGUGCUGAUGUCACACAUCCGUCACCCGAUCAACGUGAUAUACCCAGUGUGGUUGGGGUUGCUGGAUCCCAUGAUCCGUAUGGCGCCUCGUACAACAUGCAAUAUAGAUUGCAAACUAGCGGCACUGGCGGUGCUCGUGAAGAAAUUGAAGAUAUGGAAUCAAUUGUAACCGAACAUUUGCGUGUGUAUAAGCAGUAUCGUGGAACUUAUCCGGAACAUAUAAUUUAUUAUCGUGACGGUGUUAGCGAUGGGCAAUUUAAGAAAAUCGAAAACAUCGAAUUGAGGGCCAUUGAUGUGGCAUGUCGUAAGUUGCAAAACAAUUACACACCAAAGAUCUGCUGUGUGAUUGUGGUGAAGCGUCAUCACACACGCUUCUUCCCUGUAACGGCACCGCAUCCGAGAAAUAAAUUUAACAAUGUUGACCCAGGCACAAUUAUCGAUCGUACCAUUGUGCAUCCGAAUGAAAUGCAAUUUUUUAUGGUCAGUCAUCAGUCCAUCCAGGGCACAGCCAAGCCGACGCGCUACAAUGUCAUUAAGAAUACUGGCAACUUGGACAUUGAUUUGCUGCAACAAUUGACAUAUAACUUGUGUCAUUUGUUUCCACGCUGCAAUCGUUCUGUCUCAUAUCCGGCGCCAGCUUAUUUGGCACAUUUGGCUGCCGCACGCGGACGUGUUUACAUCUUCAACGCUCGUCUAACGCGUUCACUGAAGGAGGAAUACCUGAAGCGCUUGAUUGUUCCAGCAUUUCUGAAAUCCAAUCCAAUGUAUUUCGUCUAGAGAAAUACAAAUACCACUAUAAUUUUUCAAUAUGAUACAGAAAUUCAAAUGCCUUUCAAGACGAAUAACGCAAAUGAAGCGGCUUGAUAGGAUUAAUUAUAUUUAUUGGAUUUCAUGUUUAUUAUUAUCACAUUUUUUAAACUAUAUACAUAUA